AUAAGGAUGUUAUUGGUGGAGGGCGUGCGCGUUCCGCCUAUAAAUACGCACAGGGUCCAGUUCGCCGCCCACAGGCUCUUUAUUCUCGGGGGAGUCAGCUGUUCGCUCCGGGACACUCGGACCGGCAUGUCUCCGUCAGGACGACCCAACAAGGUGCGGCUGGUGCUCCUCGGAGCAGCGGGGGUCGGCAAGAGCGCGCUCAUCCGCCGCUUCCUCCACAACCGCUUCGAGCACGAGUACCUGCGCACGGUGGAGGAGCUGCACGUGCUGGAGUACGACACCGCGGACUCCGCUACGACGAAGCUGGAGAUCCUGGACACCAGCGGCAGCUACUCCUUCCCGGCCAUGCGGGAGCUCUGCAUCCGACACAGCGACGCCUUCGCCCUGGUGUACGCGGUGGACGACCCGGGCUCCUUCCAGGAGGUGCGCCGGCUCCGCGACGAGAUCCUGGAGCUGCGGGGCGGCAAGAGCGCGCCCAUCACCGUGGUGGGCAACAAGUCCGACCUCACCGAGGCCGAGGGGCGAGCGCUGCUGGCGGCCGACGUCAUGUCCACGGUGGAGGGGGAGUGGGACGCGAACUUCGUGGAGGCGUCCGCGCGCACAGGUGGGAACGCGGUGGGGGUGUUCCGCGCGCUGCUUCAGCAGGUGGAUGUUCCUCACCGGCUCAGCCCCGCGCUGAACCGGGGUUCACCGCGGGCCGGAGACUCGCUGCCCCGGCCCGCGGUGAAGAGGAGGCCCCCGCUGAGGAAGAGCAACAGCUGCGUCCUGUCAUAGAACCGAUGAAGGACUCUGCAGCUGGUCUGCUGGUGUCCAGAUGUUGCUGCUAGUUAUCACCUCCACGUUGGAGUCAAAAU